CCCGUGAGAUCCGGGGGGGGGGGGGUGUGUGCACUGUAGUUCCGGAUUCUUCAGGCUGUUUGGAUCGUAAAGAUUUGCUACGAUAUUUUAUUUGUUUAUUUUUUAAAAAAGUCAUUAGCAGAAUUGAAUCGUAGCAAUUUUUAUUUAUUUUUGUUUGUUGCUUGGCUCGAAGCGAUUUUGGAUUUGGUUGUAUAUGAGGAAAUUUCCAUUUGAUGGUAUGUAAGUAAGGGCGAGGAAAAGUUCCGGGAUUAGGAACUUCGACUCUUGAGUCACAUUUUGAAAUCGACAUCUGCAGAGAGUCCGUGUUGUGGUGGUGUUGAGGUUGGAGUGAAGCAGAGUAGUAAGGACCACAGAAAUGGUGGUAAAGGAGCAGGACGAGAAGUCUAACAACUUGCGGGAGCUUUUGAGCAGCUUUUAUGGGUCGGGCUCGUCUGAUUCCGAGUCGCGAUUCGAGCCCCCUGAUGCAUUGCAAGGAAUCGAUCUCCCAAAUUUUGACUCCGAUCGCUACAUUUCUUCCUUGGAUCAACAUACUCCUAUUUCAGCCACGUUGUUCUCUUUUCCCUUUGUCCUGAAGUGCUGUAGAGUUGAUUUCGUAUUGGUACUCUACACACAGCUUGUUAAGACACCAUUGGAUCGCUUGCGGGAUCGGCAUGUUGAAAUGGCAGCUGAGAUCAAAACUUUGGAUAGUGAUAUCCAAUUCUUGGUGUAUGAAAACUACAACAAAUUCAUAAGUGCAACUGAUACAAUACGUCGCAUGAAGGAAAAUGUAUCUGGCAUGGAGUUGGAGAUGGACCAACUUCUUAAAAUGGUCACUAUUGUUAGGGGGGAAAGUGAUGGGGUCAAUGCCUCUUUGUGUAAACGCCGUGAGCGUAUCGAGGAACUCAACCGUACUCGAAGUCUCCUUCGGCAAAUUCAGUUUGCUUUUUCUCUACCACACCGCCUUCGUAAAUGCAUUAACACGGAGAAUUAUGUAGGAGCUGCAAAGUAUUAUUAUGGUUCACUUCCGAUCCUGAAGGCGUACGGGCAAUCAUCUUUCCGGAAAUGCAAGGAAGAAUCGGAUGCAAUAAUAAGCACCCUUAUCAAAAGGCUACAAGCUAAGAUAAAGGAUCGUUCGGUUCUGCUCCCAGCUCGAGCUCAAGCAGUUUCACUUCUUCAGCAACUAAAGCAUCCGGCACUGGAGACUUCAACUUCACGAAAGGAACUCCACACGGAAGAUGAGAAGGAUUUUAUACAAGAGUUUUUGGACGAAUCAGUCAAAUUUCGAGAGAUUUUUCCGAAUGGCGAAGAUCACCUUUUACAUAUUUCAACUGAAUUCUUUGAUGAUUACUUCAAGACUGUGAAUCUUUCACUGCAGCCUGAUAGUGGGGAGAUGUUGGCAGCAGAGCUGAAUAUUUCUUUUCGGCAGCUAUUACUGGAUGUUAGUAGGAUGAAUGAAUUGUUUCCAAGGGCAAAUCUUCUAGAUCGUGCGUCUGAGGCAGUGGAAAAUGCUGUGCGAAAACAUGUGACAAAGCAGUUUAAUUGCCUUAACAUUCGCAUCAAAGCCUCGUUACGCAUAACGGAUCUUUCAAGGAAACCUGAUUCGCAACAGCCUCCAAAAACUCUCAAAGCUUUCCUUGAGAUCGCACAGAAGACAAUUAUAGAUGGUAGCCUUGAAGUCUUACAGGACCUGAAGGAACUCCUCGUCAAAAGCAAGUCAUAUUUUGCCCGUUGGGCAGAUGAAUACACUGACCUAGUCCAAGGAGGUUUCCAGGAGCUAUUCACCAACCUUAUUGAUCAUUUUGGAUUUCUUUGUGCUCAAUCUGUUGAAACCCCGCCACAAUCAGACGAAUCACAAUCUGCGCAGACAGUAACCCCAAGUUUGAUUCUUUUAUUGUCCCUUCUGUCAAUAUACCUUUAUCAAACUGCUGUACCACAAAUCACUGAGUUAGUGGGGACUUGGUUUCCUGGUGGAGGCGCAAUGGGAUCUGAGGGACGUCCAGCUUUCGUUCCCUCUGAAAUUUGUCGUUUUCUCAACACUACUGGAGAGAAACUUCUUCAGCAGUACGUUGAUGUUCAAGCUCGCAAUUGUUCUGUCGUAGUGCGAAAAGCUGUGAACACUCCCAAUUGGUUGGAGUACAAAGAGCCAAGCAACAUCCGUUCGUUUUCAGACCUACUCUUGCAAGAAGUGGGAAGGAUUCAAGCAGACGUACAGCAAUUACUACCUCUAGGGCCCACCCGUGCCUACCGACACAAGAUUACUUUUGGCAGCGUAGGACCAUCUCAAAGUGCUUCCGUAAGGCAAGAUGGUCAUCGCUCUGCCUCCAAUCUUCCCAAAGUGCGAAGCCAAUUACUGGAGAGGGAUGUGGCGAGACCGCUUACAGAGAAAGUUGAGAUCUUCACCAAAGUUGAAUAUAAUCAACUGUGGGUGAUAUCAACAGUGGUAAAGAUGACGCUGAAAACCUUUGAGGAAUGCGUCCGACUUCAGACUUUCAAUCGGGGCGGUUAUCAACAGAUACAACUGGAAUGUCAUUAUUUAAGAGAGCCGCUGCAAAAUUUGGUUGACGAUGCGACAGUGGUCGAAGUCAUGUUAGAUGAAGUUUGUUCUGCAGCAUUAGAGCGAUGCCGAGACCCAGUGCCUCUGGAUACUGUAGCCUUGGAUAGGCUUGUGCAGGCGAAGAAAGCUAAAACGGAGUCUGCUGAAGAAGAGGCACCUGCUCAAAUUGGAGCUUAGUAAAUCUCUAGCAGCAACUUGGAUUUUUUUUCAAUUACUCUUGCGUGCAACCUGGUCCCAGCUCUUGCUCUGAUUUGUUGCGCACCGUGAGACAAAUCGUGACCGGGUUUCGCUAGCGUGCUAGCUACCAUAUUAGCACAUAUUUUUUUAACAAAAAUGGAGUUCGUGGUAACACCACUUCAUACGGUUGCUUUUGUCAUGCGCUAUGAAAUGAUAUGGACCAAAAGUAAGAUUACUCUUGAAAUCAGUCCAAGUAUUAUGUUGGACACCCACCAUGAAAGCCAUCUAGUUUCCUUAGUUGCAGGAGCCGGUUCGAUGUCAGCUUCUGGAUCGUUAUACAAGUUGCGGCGACAUGUGUUCUGGAGAAACAAGAUGAAAAUUAAUUUGAUGGCGACAUCAGCAAAGUGUGGUGACUCAAAGCUUACCUAAGCACACCCGCUACUUUCCUGGCUACUCUCAUAACACCUGCUACCCUGUCUUUUCCAGGGCCACGUGUCUCAUUAUUGGACCAAUUACCACCUUCGUAGUCAUAGUUACCUUGGUCGCAAUUUAUUUUCGAACUAAUCAAUACUAGCAGACCUGUUCAGGUGCUGGAAUACAUCGAACACCACAAAACUGUCUUCGGAGAAACAGUUGACGGGGGACCGAUCGACAGGAGAUCCACAUAUUGCUUGCCACGAGACACGGCAAAUCGAGAAUGAUGCCUGCAAUUUAGAACCUCCAGUCUACAAAUUGUGCUGCCAUCGCAACUAGUCUUUCUCGAAGUCAUAUUCCAUCCUGCACCUGCGUGCUAUCAACAUGGGCUCCAAGUCAUCAUCUGUCAGGAUAUCAAAAUCAAACUUCACCGGCUUCCCGUGCAUACUCUUUUGAAGGGAACCGCGCAGCAUGCUCUUUAAGGCCAAGGUACGUAGCAUUCAAGGCUUCGUGACUUUCAGGACUGCGAGGGCAACUGACGACACCGAUGUGUCGAAGCAUCUUCUUUACAGAAUAUGGGAUUCAAGAUUAAGGAAAUAGCACAGAAUUCACGUUGGAAUUCAUAGUAUGGGAACCACGCUCAACUCCGUGCGACACCGAAGCCCUUCCAGAUGAGAACAGACCACGUGGCGACCCCGGGAAAGUGGAAAUAGCGUUCCUUUCCCGAAUCAGCCUUUCGAGAAGAGAUUAUUAGUGUGCUUCAGAAUAUACUGUGGGUGAGUUUGGCAGGAAAAGAGUAAAAGAUAGACACGCCUCCAUCCAACCAGCCAGUCCUCACCUUGCCUCGGCCUCUGCCUCCGACACAAAUAUGGGGAGGCAAGCAAAACGAACAAAAAUAAGGCCAAGAGAAUGUAAAAGUCCGCUCAAUACCAACAGAACUUCAGAGCGAGGAAUCUGUCUGUCAUUUAGGAAACCCCUUCUGACGACAAACCGGCGCUGUCUGGAUCGGUACAUUAUUAUACUGCUUCAUGUU